GCAAACCAUUGAACUAAAAUGAAAAUUAGCUUCAAAGCUUACAUCAGCUUAUGAUUCGUGAGCUUUCUCUCCUCCAUUGAAGCACCUUCUGAGGCGAGAUACUUUUUUCAAUUAUCAAAUAUCAAUCUCACAAUCUAGGGUUUAUUCCACACUUUCAUUGAUUUACUCUUCUAUACUAUCUUUAUCAUUACAAUUCUGCCACUUUUCAAUGCUUUAUUAUUGCUUAAUUUGAACGAUAACUUUCUCUCGAUUUCGCAUUUAAUCAAACCUUUAAUUAAUUAAACCUCUGUUGUACCUCAAAUCAUCAAAUCGUGCAACAGUUACAUUGUUGAGCACUGAGAUUGAGGAGAGAUAAAGAAUUUAGCAGAGAAAUCUCUGCUAUUGGGAUCGAUUUCAUGGAGGAUGCAUAUACUAGAACUGCUACUGAGGUUCUAGCCUUCUUUGCAGUCGACCCAUCAAAAGGUCUUAUUGAUUCUCAGGUAGCCGAUCAUAGAAGGAUGUACGGCCAAAACGUGCUACCGCAAGAGAAGAGUACUCCGUUCUGGAAGUUGGUCAUAAAGCAGUUUGAUGAUUUGCUUGUGAAGAUACUGAUCGUGGCUGCCCUUGUUUCAUUUCUUUUGGCUUUAAUUAACGGAGAUACAGGCUUAACUGCAUUUUUGGAACCUUCGGUUAUUCUCUUGAUAUUGGCUGCAAAUGCUGCAGUAGGUGUUAUUACAGAGACAAAUGCUGAAAAAGCUAUCGAGGAGCUAAGAGCUUACCAAGCAGAUGUUGCAACUGUUCUCAGAAAUGGUUGUUUCUCAAUAGUACCUGCACAAGAGCUUGUUCCUGGAGAUAUUGUGGAGGUCACUGUGGGUUGUAAAGUUCCAGCGGAUAUGCGGAUGAUUGAAUUGUUAAGUGAUCAAUUGCGAGUCGAUCAAGCAAUUCUUACAGGUGAGAGUUGCUCAGUAGAAAAGGAAGUUGAUGCUACUUCAGCUGUGAAUGCUGUGUAUCAAGACAAAACAAAUAUUCUUUUUUCGGGUACAGUUGUAGUUGCUGGUCGUGGAAGAGCGAUUGUGACUGGUGUUGGCUCUAAUACUGCUAUGGGCAGCAUACGUGAUUCAAUGUUGAGAACAGAUGAUGAAGCGACACCGUUGAAAAAGAAGCUUGAUGAGUUUGGUUCAUUCUUGGCCAAGGUUAUAGCAGGUAUCUGUGUACUGGUGUGGGUUGUUAAUAUUGGUCAUUUCCGUGAUCCUUCUCAUGGUGGCUUUCUACGUGGUGCUAUCCAUUAUUUUAAGAUUGCAGUGGCAUUGGCAGUUGCGGCUAUUCCGGAAGGGCUUCCUGCUGUUGUUACAACGUGUCUGGCUCUUGGCACGAAAAGAAUGGCCAGGUUGAAUGCGAUUGUAAGGUCUUUGCCAUCAGUAGAGACCCUUGGCUGUACUACUGUGAUUUGUAGUGACAAAACUGGUACUCUGACAACGAAUAUGAUGUCUGUCUCUAAGAUCUGUGUUCUUCAUUCUGCACACCAUAGCUCUGUUACAUCAGAAUAUGCGGUUGAUGGGACAACAUAUGCCCCUGAAGGGGCAAUUUUGAACGAUGAUGGUGUCUGGAUUGACUUGCCUUCACGGCAGCCUUGCCUUCUUCACAUAGCCAUGUGUUCAGCCAUGUGCAAUGAGUCUUCACUGCAGUAUAACCCAGACAAAGGAGCCUAUGAAAAGAUAGGAGAGUCUACAGAAGUGGCACUUCGUGUAUUGGCUGAAAAGAUUGGAAUUCCUGGCUUUGAUUCUAUGCCAUCUGCCCUGAAUAUGUUAAGCAAGCAUGAACGAGCGUCCUAUUGUAAUCGAUAUUGGGAGAAUCUAUUCAAGAAGAUCUCUGCACUAGAAUUUUCUCGUGAUCGCAAGAUGAUGAGUGUGCUUUGCAGUCAUAAACAAUCUACAACAAUGUUUUCUAAAGGCGCUCCAGAGAGCAUAAUUUCAAGAUGCACGAGUAUUCUCUGCAAUGACAAUGGUUCAAUUAUUCCAUUGACAGCCGAGAUUCGAACUGAGUUGGAGGCAAAGUUUAACAGUUUUGCAGGAAAAGAAACUUUGAGAUGCCUUGCUUUGGCUGUCAAACGUUUGCCCAUGGAUCAACAUGUUCUCUCUUUUGAUGACGAGAAAGACCUAACAUUUAUUGGGAUGGUGGGAAUGCUUGAUCCACCAAGAGAAGAAGUACGUAAUGCCAUAUUGGCAUGUAUGACUGCAGGAAUACGGGUCAUAGUUGUAACGGGGGACAAUAAGGCAACUGCUGAAUCAUUAUGCCGCAAGAUAGGAGCUUUUGAUCACCUUGGAGAUUUUGUGGGGAACUCUUUUACAGCAUCUGAAUUUGAAGAACUUCCAGCUUUGCAGAAGACAAUAGCAUUGCAACGUAUGGCUCUCUUUACAAGGGUUGAACCUUCUCACAAGAGAAUGCUGGUUGAAGCCUUGCAAAAUCAAAAUGAAGUGGUUGCAAUGACUGGUGAUGGAGUCAAUGAUGCUCCUGCAUUAAAGAAAGCAGACAUAGGGAUUUCUAUGGGUUCUGGAACAGCUGUUGCUAAGAGUGCAUCGGACAUGGUUUUGGCUGAUGACAAUUUUGCCACUAUUGUUGCGGCUGUUGCAGAGGGGAGGGCUAUAUAUAAUAACACGAAGCAGUUCAUCAGAUACAUGAUCUCUUCAAAUAUUGGUGAAGUAGUAUGUAUAUUUGUAGCAGCCGUUCUUGGAAUCCCUGACACCCUUGUGCCUGUUCAGCUGCUAUGGGUUAAUUUGGUUACUGAUGGGUUACCUGCAACUGCUAUAGGUUUCAACAAACAAGACUCAGACGUGAUGAAAUCCAAACCACGUAAGGUUGGUGAAGCAGUUGUUAGUGGCUGGUUGUUUUUCCGUUAUGUAGUCAUUGGAGCGUAUGUUGGCCUUGCCACUGUUGCGGGUUUCAUAUGGUGGUUUGUCUAUGCUGAUACUGGACCCAGGCUUCCGUACAGUGAAUUGAUGAACUUUGACACUUGUCAUAUGAGGCAGACAACAUAUCCAUGCAGCAUAUUUGAUGAUCAGCAUCCAUCUACUGUUUCAAUGACAGUACUUGUUGUGGUAGAGAUGUUCAAUGCACUAAAUAACCUGAGUGAAAAUCAAUCUCUUCUUGUUAUACCUCCCUGGACUAACUUGUGGCUGGUAGGUUCUAUCAUACUGACCAUGCUUCUUCACAUACUAAUUUUGUAUGUUCAACCAUUAUCAGCUCUGUUCUCUGUGACAGCACUAUCUUGGACUGAAUGGAAAGUUGUUUUGUAUCUGUCAUUUCCGGUAAUUUUAAUUGAUGAACUGCUCAAAUUCUUAUCCAGAAAUUCAAGAGGCAUAAGGUUAAGGAUACGGUUCUGGAAAACUGAUUUACUUCCCAAAAGAGAAAUGCGUGAUAAGUAAUUGAAGGUGGCUAUGAGCCCAAGCACACCAUACUUUAUUGUCUUAUAGAACAAUGCUUGCUGUCUGGCCUUCAGCUCCUGUGCGGCACCUUCCAGUAAAUGGCUUUUGUUAUCAGUUCAUCUACAACAUGAACAAGAGAUUCUACAGCCUAUGAUUCUUAAACUUCGCUAUAUGCUUACACCAAGCUGUCAGAUGAGCUGAAUGAAAGAUAUGUUCAUCUAUGAGGGAAUUUGCACACUGAACAUAUAACAGAACUCUCUUUUUGUGUAUACCAGGGUACAAUUGCAAAGAAUUUUGAUAUCUAAAUUUGUAUCCUGUUCUUGUAAAGUAUGUAGCGUAGGUACUCAUACUUGUGCAAUUAAUCUUGAUAUGAUUACUUAUAGUAUACUUUUUAAUUACUACUGAAGAUCAAUAAGAUAACUGACAAAAAUAUUGAGGGGGUGUUUGGUUUGCCCAUGAUAAAUGGAAUGAAAUUAAAGAUGGGGAAAGGAGAAAUAAAAAAAAAACAUCCUUU